CAGCCACAAUCAGCAUUCACAGUUUCGAACUAGUUGCGAACACACGUCGCUUAGGCGAAAAUUUCGAGGCGAGUACUGGAUAGCCAGCAGCGCCAAGUCAGUUCGUUUGAGAUCUCCAAUUUACUUUAGUAUUCAAUAAUCAUGCAGUCUAUGAUUAUCUUCGCAGCGGCUUUAUGCCUAGCCCAAGCUUCAUACUACGCGGGUGCCCCCGCUCCCGUCCAACUCAGUCCCGAUGGCAAAUACGUGCUGGACACACCUGAGGUAGCGCACGCUAAAGCCGCUCACUUGGCGGCUCACGCGCAGGCCUCCACCUCUCAUGGAGCUUGGGCUCCGGCUGGUGGCGCGUACGCCGCCGCCCCCGCCUAUGGCGGUGCUGCUCACUAUGGUGCUCCUGGUGCUGGCCUUUACAAAUACGGUCCCGCUCCCCUCGCCCACGACGGUCGCGUGAUCGACACCCCCGAGGUCGCUCACUUGAAGGCUGCCCGCCUCGCCGCUCUCAACAGUGCCCACGCUAACGCUGCACACGCCGCUCCCUCAGCACCCGCCGCCUACGCCGCCGCCGGUGCCGGAGCGGGCUACGGAGCUGGUUACGGAGCGGGCUACGGCGCCGGCUACGGAGCGGGUUACGGCAAAUGGAACGGCCCUCUCGCCCACAUCCAGCUCACCCACGACGGCCAGUACGUAGUAGACACACCUGAGGUGCAACACGCCCGCGCCGCUCACUUCCACCAGUACGCCGCCGCCGCGCAAGCCGCCGCGUCCGCCCCCGAAGAACCCUGGGGCGCGCACGGCGCUCACGGCGCUCACGGCUGGAACUAAACCCUACCUCCGACCCGGCUAACUGACUGCCUGAUAUUUUUAUACAAAAUGUAAAUAAAACCGAAAAAAAAUGUUAUGUAAAAAGUUGAAUGAUAAGUGUAUAGCAAUGCGACUCUUAUAGAGCGUAAUGAAACAAAUAAAAAGAUAAUGUUAUA